AUGAGAAACCUCAUGCUGUUUAUACGAGAGGAUGGUAAUGAUCUAGUGGUGAAUCAGGAGAUCUCUCUCCUGGAUGCCCUUGCAGGAAUGACACUCGAGCUGACAACGCUGGAUGGACGGAAUCUCAUGAUACCAUUGACAGAGAUUGUCAAACCAGGCAAUGAGGUAGUUGUCCCUAACGAAGGAAUGCCUAUUUCAAAGGAACCUAGAAAGAAGGGGAAUCUCAAGGUCAAGUUUGAUGUUAACUACCCAUCAAGGCUUACUGCAGAACAGAAAUCUGAACUGAGAAGAGUUCUGGGAGGAAGCUCAUGA